ACAACCCCAAGCCCAAACCCCCCUUCUUUGUACAGUAAUACAUUACGGCUGUAGUUACAGUAAUUGUUUUUCAGGAGCAAGGAAGAGUUGUUGCAAGCUUGGCCAUCUGCGAUCCCAUUUGCUUAUAUUUCCACACCUCUUGCCAACGGGAACCUCAGCCUUCCAUUCAAGUCCCAUCAAUCACAUCACAACUCUACUUAAAAUGCAAUUUUCAGACUUCUUCAAAACACUCUCGGUGGUCCUGCUGCACCUUACAGUCCCUUGCGCCGCGAGCAAUCCUCGCUAUUUUCUCUGUGGGCAUGGGGAGUAUAAGUAUUGCGCAUACAAAGACUACUCAACUCAGCCAAUGAAAUAUAAGUUCGGCCCGGCCAGCCAAGUGACACGUGAGGGCAGGUCGACCUGUAGCGUCUCAAACCUUUCUUCGAAAUCCAUAAUAGACGUGUGCUGCGAUAAUCCUGUGGGGUUACUUAAACCCAGGCGCUUCGGUACUGAAUUAACAGUCUCGGAUAACGACUACAAGCACAGAUUUAAAUGUCGCGAAGCUUCCCCUAACUGAGAUUGCACAACAUCGCACAGAAAGCUUGAAAAAUCAUAAUAAGACAUCACGUCGGAAUGAACGCAAGAGUACCGCUCGCUCAUAGCGGGAUGUUAAUUAUUUUGGAGAAUUCCAUGUCAUCACUUGUAUCAGUCUUCUUUGCAUCAAUCACAAUAGCUAUCGGCAAAUGCUUAAAGAUUUGUUCUCAAGCAACCUUUUGCUUGUCUGCAAAUGAUGAAGGCCACGCAUUCAUGAUCUAUGUACAUCUCUUUCCCUAUGCUGAUAGAGUCGCCAACCUCACUUAUGUACUUUCCUUACAAUCGAUUAACUCUAGCACCCUUGUGAGGGGUUGUGUUGUCUGCCCAGGGUCGCUGUUAUACACUUGUCGGCUCUGCUUCAGAAUAGAUCAGAAUCUCAUUAUGGACUCAGAACA